AUGUCGAACCCUUACUACGGCAUGCGGGAUCGCGACGCCGACGCGCCCGAGGUCGCGCAGGUGUCGUCGCCCCUGACGGCCGUCUCCAACCUCGAGGGCGAGUGGCAGCGGCAGUACCAGUGGACGCGCGACGCCGAGCGCCCGCCGCUGCCGAGCGGCGACACGGCCAAGGAGGCCUUCAACCACGACGCCGACGCAAAGUACGUCGUCCCGCUCGAGCUCAAGAGCGAGUAUCCCGAGACGGCCACCAGCAUCACCAGCCCGCAGACCACCGCCGUGCCCUGGACCCCCGACUCGGAGCGCCUCCAGCCUGUGCUGUCCCAUGGCCCUAGGAGCCCGGGGAGCAUGCACAGCAGCAUUGCGGGCGGGCCGCCUCCCGUGCUGCCGCCUGCGGGUAGCGGUGUCGGGGGCGAGGACGUGAACGAGAAGAAGGGCGGCACGAUCCUGGGCAUGAGCCGCAAGGCGUUCCUGAUACUCAUCGUCGUGGUCAUCAUCAUUGUCGCCGCGGCUGUCGGCGGUGGUGUCGGCGGUGCCGUGGCAUCCAAGUCAAAGUCAGACGCCGCUCCCGUGACGACGUCGAGCAGCUUGCCAACCUCGUCUGCACCGCCAUCAACAACAUCAUCAGCACCGACGUCAACAUCCGCCACCCCGACGGCGUCACCCACGCCAGACGUCAGGUUCCUCAACAACGAGACCUGGCCCAAGGGCGGCAUCCACGCGUUCCAGGGCUUCUCCCGGGAAAACUUCACCGGCAGCUCGACCGAGAUCUUCACCGACGAGGGCGGCCACGACUUCCAGUUCGACCUGCACAGCUACGUCUGGGUCCCCAACAUCAACAACUGCUGCGCGUCGCUGUGCGCAAACUCCACCAAGCAGGGCUGGCUCGGGUACCGCUGCGAGCUGACCAAGCGGCUCGAGGCGUCGGAUCCCAUUGCGCGCGUCUUUGUGUGGUGCUCGCAGAACCACACCAUCGAGUACGCGAGGGGCAAGUGUUCGUGA